CUUUCAUUUUCUCUUUGUUGUGUUGUUGUCUUUGCGUCCGCUGUUGUGGAUUUUCUUCCUCGCUCGCCUUCUGUAUAGUAGUAUUAAUAGUCUGAUCAGGAUGCAUGUCUCUCAAGCCGGUGCCAAUUAAUUGAAAAUGGCCCAAGGAAGACGAUAUCGUUUAGGAGGCGAUGGGAAACCGUCCAUCACGGAGGGAUGGCUCUGCACGAAGAAAAGCACGCGGAAAAGCCUCCAAGAAAAAGAACGCUCUUCGAGGGAUGGAAGAUAUAAGCGAGGCGUCGGAUCAGGCUCGUUUUGUAGAACAAAAGAGGCGCUCCUCGAGUGCAGUGGACAAGGAAACAGCCAGUCUCUGCAGUCAACAACAGAACAAUGUAAAAGGCAAGCCAAACAGUAGUAGACCUGGAACAGGACAGAUCGUCCAUGGAUUAUAUAAAAUCACAUUGGGGAGUUUUGCCGCCGAGGAGCCGCCUGUGGGAUUCCGGGAACUCAAUGUGCAAGUCUGGGUGCCAAAAGCGAGGGGUGCAGACUUGGUAUAUCUAACAAUCCCGGACAAGGGAAUCACCGUGGGAGAGAUCAAGAGGAUGAUCCGCGAGGAAGCAAUUCCAAUCUUGAUACAGAAAAAUGCAGGCAUCGCCAGGAAUUUUGGAGGGACACAUUUGUUUCUGGCGGAAGAAAAAACGGGGGAAUUUUCUCCAGUCAACUGGAGCGAUUCCUUGCCGGACGGUUCGUUCUUUUGGGAGGAAUACAGCGACCGUCUUGCCUUGAAUCGAUACGCUCAACACAACGUCUUUCAGGGUGUGUACUGCUAUGUGGAUUACCAGAUCAAUAUACAAGUCAUCAAAAGUCCUUCGGGGUACAUCCCAGUGCUUGCCAGUCCAAGGCUGCAGGUUACGGUGAUUCACUAUUACUGGAACAAGCCCACAAUAGCGGACAUCAAGCAAUCCAUUCAGGACGUAACAGGAUGGGAUCCUCGUAUAUUGCAUCUCAUUUGGAACAAUGAGGAGGUGGAGGAUUAUAUGUCUUUGGUCAAACUGGGUAUUGAGCACAAUGUGACGCUAGACCUAUGGUUGCACCAAUGGGCAGUCCACAUUGUCACCCUACAGCGGCUGUCGUUUGCUAUUGCUGUGGAUGGAUCCGACAGUGUGCAGACACUGCAGGAACGAGUCAAAGCCAACCAAAUCUGGCACAGCGACUGCGAUCCACUACUGGUAUUGUCGGACGGAACCAUUCUUACAACCAGCACUGCAUCCGUUCAUCAACAACCAUCCGCCGAUGCAGUAGCAGCAGCAACCCUUGCAGAGAUGGGCGUCACAAACAAUGCCAUCAUUUACGCCACUCAGUCCACGUACACAACAACCAGCAACAGAGGUUGUCGAAUCGAUGGAGCAGAAAUGCGAGGCAUCACUAUCAUUCAACUAAGAGAGAUUGUGACUGCUAUUCUCACUCGUUGCAAGGCAGAAGGCUGGACAAGCGCAGAUCCCGAGAAACGUGGCAAGCUGCUCGAACCAGCCGAAGUGACACUCUACGAUUUGAUGCAAAACUACAUCAUGCCGAUCACCGCCCAGAGACAAUGCAGCUAUGUGGAACUGGUUGCGGAUCCAAGACAACCGGAGCAGCAAGCUCCAACAUUUUUCGCCAGCCAUUACUGGGGCGAGAGUGUGAUUUCAUUCCUUGCCUGCAUUGAACGCCACGCGUUUGAUCGAGACCUUCCUCCGACGACGGCAUACUGGGUGUGCGCGUACUCCCUCAAUCAACACAACUUGUCAAACGAGCUGCAGCCUGGUAGCGGUCACCUAGAAACGCCAUUCUACAAAGCCAUUCAAAACACCAAAGGGGCCGUCGCAAUCAUUGACAGGGCCGCUGUCAUGUACAAGCGCAUCUGGUGUGUGUUCGAGCUGGCCAUUGUCUUUCUCGACCGUAAGGAAAAAGGAGACUAUGUGUACGAUAUUUAUGCCUCCCCGCCGGAGGAGGUUGGUCAGCCUGCCGGGGGCAUCCCUGUUGGGCUCACCGAGGGACCAGUAGCGUCGGACUUGCACCAUGUUCGACCAAAUGGGUUGUUGGACAAAUCACCUGGAGAAGCAGGACCGCUGCAGCGACUAAAGUCAAAGCGACAAGCCAAGUUUCCCCUUCAGUUGUGCCAUGACGCCUUCGCUGCAAAGCUGCAGAGCGCUAGAGCAUCCAGGAAUGAAGACAAGAUGUUUAUCCUCAACAAUAUAGUCGGCAACCAUGAGAAUAUAAGUGCUGCGCCCCCUGACUCGCACUCUGCGUACGACCACCUGAACGCGAUUCUAGCUGGAAGGUUUGCAGCAUCUACCUUCCGUGUGGCAUUGGAGAAUGAGGUCAAGAAUCUAAGUGACUAUCACACGGCACUUGCGAGUGCUCCUCUGACACGUCUAGACAUGAGCUUUGUUGCGUGUGGCGCAUUCAUUUCAGCAGCGGGAGAGUUCGCUCAAGCUUUGCCUGUCACACUUGAAUACUUGUCUAUAGACUUGAGCUGGAUCGACAUUACAGAUCUAGACGGAUUUGCCCGUGGACUAGGUCGACUUGUCCGUUUGGAGUCACUUCACCUCAACAUGAGCUAUUGCUCCCGACUAGAGAAUUGUGCAACCCUCUGGAAGGAAAUGGAGCAUCUACUGCAAUUGAAGGAGCUGCGUUUGGACAUGGGUAGUGCUCGGGAAGUCUCCCUUCCGACAUUGGCAACGACAAUCUGCACCUUGACGCGGCUAGAAACAAUGUCUUUGUUGCUGUCGAAGUGUUCGCCAGAUAAUGACUUCUUCCUCUUCGCGACGGGGAUUUCAUCCAUUGAGUAUCUUCCCAAUUGCUCAUUUGACUUGCACGGUGUAGAAUCACCUUCCAUCGAGAGUUUGGCUGCAGCCCUAAUAGUCAUGCCUGCCACUGAAUCUUUUGAGAGUCUGGAGCUGAACUUCGCCCAAAGCAUCGUCGAAAACAAGCUACCAUCUGUAGAGUCUAUCUCUUCAGGCCUUCGCAGGGCGUCUCGACUUUCAGUUUUGAAGCUGGAUUUCUCCUGGAACGAUGCGCUCUUGUCUCUGGAUGCACUGGGGAGCUGUUUUCCGGAAAUGCCGCAACUUUGUGAACUUCAUGUUGCCGCAACGAGUUGCAAAGCGUUGCGCUCCAUUGAUGAGUUUUCGGAAGGUUUGGGGGAAGCCAGGACAUUGCAAGUUCUAAAGCUGUCUCUGCAAUCCACGGAUGUUGAUUCUCUUGAUGCCAUUGGAAGGGCUGUCAUGUCCAUGGAUUGCCUAGAGGAACUCUCGUUGAACUUUGCUGGCUGCAAGAAUCUUGACUCUAUCGACGGACUUUGCACAGGCUUCAGGAGCGCCCCUUGGGUUGGCAGCCUGAAAAAGUUGAACCUGAACUCAAACAACAACGAAGGCUUAGUCUUGGAAGCAAUAGACUUUCUUCCAACAACGCUGCUGACCAAGCUCGAGGACCUCGAUGUUGACUUUUUUGGAUGCCAAGUAUUGUCGGUCUCGGAUUUGAUAGAAGCAGUCAAGGGGAUCCCUCGUCAUUGUGAGUUUUCUUCGUUCCGCUUUUCCUGUGCAGAAACGCAAGUCUCAGAGGCCCAAGGCAUCGAGCUCUGUAAGGCUUUGAUCGAACGAAUGGUUGUGUCCCCAAAGGUAUUCGUUGAGUUUCCAUUCUCGUCGUCGGUAGAGGGCAUCACAAAAGAACUCAAACGGCGAACAGUGGUAUCUGAAUGCUUGGGCACCACCACUGUCCAAAUUUUACCGGCUGAGACGACAUCCAGUCAGAGGGGGGGGGGCGGCAAACCCUUGAACAAAGCUGUUUAGGGGCACCCGGGAAGCUCAUCCAACCUCGGAUCUAACUUAUAACAGUGCUGGCUAUUUGAAGACAGGGGUAGGUGCAUCGUUCUGUGCCGUCAACAAGGUUGUGUACAGUACCGUAUGGUCUCCAUGUUGGUACCAUUCUUAGAGCAAUUUUGCUCGAAUGCUUGGCUGGUUGGUAGGUGAUGGUGUAGGACCAGGACAUGCACCGAGUGAUAAGGUGAGUUCUUGAGCCCGGUGUACCGGUAGGACCUGUAUUUGGGCCCACUGCGGGUCCUUGUGUAUGGGUCCUGGCGUACGGUAGGACAAAGACUUGGUCUACGAACUGGUCGUGGGGGUGGCAUGACAAUGUGAUGAAACUUGUGGUCUACCGCAACCAGCAAGUGGGAGUUUGUGAACUUCAAACAAGAUAAGCCGACUACUGAAGGUUGCAACAGUACGGUACAGAAUGCCCUUCUGCCGACGGUUCCGGGCAUGUGAAAGUUUUGAAUGCAGAUUGCUUUACCGUUUCAACGCCUACUUUUUACUACUAGAUUCCUGCUACAAAAACAAAUACGGCAAAACCCCCA